UCUCUGUCUCAGUCUUCUCUGAACACGUGAGACAAAAGGGAUGUAAAUGUAAUAAAAUCAUCACUGGAAUUUUUAUAACUUUAAAACUAAUACCCUUAAUUUUUAUUCCGAUUGAACGAAUCACUAUUUAAUUUAUUUUGAAAGUUUAAUUUAUACAUACUCAUUUUCAUUGAUACACUACAUUAAAUUAAUCAAUGCAAGUAAAUAUAAUUGUUUUAUGAUGGAUGAAAAUAAUGAAGAGCAACCUUUGAUUUGUGUUCCUGGUCAAAGACUUUGUUUGUCAAAUAAGGUUAACCUCCCUGGACCAGGGACUUAUGAACUAGGUGGAUACAUUUACUCCAAACUUGCUGGCACAGUAGAAAUUUUAGAUGAUGAAAACGCAAAAACAAUUGUUGUUCAUAGUACCGUUGAACAAAGUAUCGUACCAGCACCGGGUGAUUUAGUUACAGCAAUGGUAACAUUAGUGAAUCAAAGAUUUUGUAAAUGUAUACUAAAAUGUAUUGGAGAUGUAGUUUUGACUAGACCAUAUAGAGGAAUAUUAAGAAAAGAAGAUGUAAAGGCAACACUAAAGGAUAAAGUUGAAUUAUACAAAUCUUUUAGGCCAGGGGAUAUAAUAUUAGCACGAGUUCUACCAAUGACAGAAGCUCAUGUGUAUUCAUUGAGCACAGCUGAAAAUGAAUUAGGAGUAGUCGUAGCUCACAGUCAAGAAGGUAUUUCUAUGAUUCCCAUUAGUUGGACAGAAAUGCAAUGUCCAAAGACUUUAGUAAAAGAAUACAGAAAAGUUGCUAAAGUAGUUCCUGAACAAAUUGCUCUUGAAAAUUAAACUAAUUUUUUAGAUGAGUUUAUAAACAUAAAUGAAAAGAUAAGUUGUAAAUAAACAAAACAACACAAUGUGUAAAAUAUGAAAUAUACUAAUUGUAUACUCA